UAGUGCUUAUUUAUUGAUGUAAAGUAUGAUAAUUCAAACGGUUUUCAAAUCACUUGAUAACAGGUUCUAACUUUUCCUCGUUCCCCCUUUAAAACGAAGUUUAGAAUCUACCUGAUAAAGUAAGUGUUAAAUGAUUUAUAUACGAAUAUAAAUAUCGUGAAGAGAUUAUGUUCAAAACAAUACGACGAAAGCUGCCGUGGAGUCAUUAUCGCUUUAUCGCGACUGUCAUUGCUCAUUCCUUUCGAGCUAACGGUGAAAUCACAGCAACGAGAUCAGACUCGAGGAGCACUUGGAUUCGAAAGUGUUCAACACAAUCAAGCAAGAUGGUGAUGGCGAAAAAAUACGUAUUGGUGAAUUAUUUUGUGAACGAAGCAAAACCGACGGAUCUAAAAUUAGUGGAAGUGGAGUUGCCGCCGUUACAAAAUGGAGAAUACCUCGUAGAAGCUGAAUAUCUUUCUGUUGAUCCAUACAUGAGACCUUAUGUGCAAGAUCUCCCACUCGGGGUCACGAUGAUUGGUACUCAGGUAGCAAAGAUUGUAGAAUCUAAAAAUCCAGCCUUCCCAGUCGGCAAGAGAAUCGUCGGAAACCUGGGCUGGAGAACUCACACGAUUAUCGAUCCAAAAAUCAGUGAUCAGUUUUUCAAACAAAACCCGUACCUUUUGCCAGAUAUAGAUGACCUGCCGCCAUCUCUUGGUCUUGGCAUGUUGGGAAUGCCGGGUAACACAGCAUAUUUCGGUUUGCUGGAAAUAUGCAAACCGAAGUCUGGCGAAACAAUCGUCAUCAGUGGAGCCGCAGGUGCGGUCGGCUCACACGUGGGCCAGAUCGCUAAAAUUUUGGGCUUAAAUGUUAUCGGUAUAUGCGGCUCCGAUGAGAAGUGUAAGUGGCUUACUGAGGAAAUGGGUUUCGAUUUUGCCAUCAAUUACAAGACCGUACCAGUCUCAGCCAGAUUACGCGAAGUUGCUCCGCAAGGCGUGGAUUGCUACUUUGACAAUGUCGGUGGAGAUAUCGCUGGUACAGUCAUGUAUCAAAUGAAUCUGUAUGGUCGGGUAGCCGUGUGCGGCAGCAUCUCAAGCUAUGACGCCAAGUCCUUGCCCAAGUGUACAAUUUUGCAACCUGCUAUAUUGUUAAACCAACUGAAGGUAGAGGGCUUUAUUGUCAAACGUUGGUUAGACCGAUGGAAUGAAGGAAUCAUGCAAAAUCUUCGAUGGAUACGCGAGGGCAAGCUUCGUUACCGUGAGACCGUAACUAAAGGCUUUGAGAAUAUGUUCGAUGCCUUCAUCGGCAUGAUGCGUGGCGAGAACAUCGGCAAAGCAAUCGUCCAAAUAUAGAUAUCAUGAUAUCAACAGGCAUUUCUUCUUAAUAUUCCUGCUCAUUUAUAAUUUUACAAUUGCAUUUGAAAUGUUUUCUAUAUUUGUGCUUAAUGUUUUUUUAAAUAAUAAUCAUGCAUUUAGACAUUUAAAUUUUGUAGGGAAAACCAUGAAUUAUUAUAAAUAUGGAAUGGAAUUUAUGUAAUCGAUAGAGAUAUUCUAUUUUUAUAUGAAAAUUGGGAUCCAGUUGAUAAGAAUCCAUUAAGAUCGUUUAUAUGUAUAUUAUGUACACAUCUUAUCUAUCGAACAUGUAUGUGUAAGUCGCAUUCUGAUUAGCAGAAUUUUUCUUCGAUGAAUAUGAUAUAAUUAUUAUAUGUAAUGUAUUAUAUAACUAACUGUUGUAAUUGCGAUGAAAAUAAAGAUAAUUUAGAUAAAUUAA